AUGGCGGAGCCGCCUUCCCUCACGGCUGCCGCCGCCGCCCCGGGGGCAGAGCCGGCGGGGAAAACGGCCGCCCGGGACCCGCUGGCGGCCAAGAAGGGACGGACGGAAGAUAAGAAGCAGCAGCAGCAGCAGCAGCAGCAGCAGGGGCGGAGGGUGAACGGGGAAGGGGGCGGCGCGGGAAAGCAGCCACAGCCGCCGCCGCCACCGCCGUCGUCGCCUCAGAGCUACGGCGGCCCCGCGACUUGGAGCUUCGCCGCCCUGGCCGCCGCCGCCCCCAGCAUGUCCGCCGGCUUCUCCUUCUCGUCUCUGCUGCCGCCGCCGCCUCUUCCCGCCCAGCCCCUCCACCAUCUUCUCCUCCCGCCCGACAACGCCAACGCCAAGCCCCGCAGGCCCAAGGAGAAGCGGAGGCACGGACAGGCCCCUGAGGAGAACGGGGCCGGACCACCAACCCAGCCCACCACAGAUAAAAUCAAAGAGAAAAUUAAAGAGAGGGACAAAGAGAAGCAAAAAGAAAAAAAGAAACAUAAAGCUAUGAGUGAGAGCAAGAAGGAGAAUGGAGAGGUCAAAAUACUGCCAAAAGGCGGGAAGGAGAAACCAAAAACAAAUGCAGAAGACUUACAGAUUAAAAAGGUUAAGAAGAAAAAGAAAAAGAAACAUAAAGAGAGUGAAAAACGGAAGCGUCCAAAAAUGUAUAGCAAAUCAAUUCAGACCAUCUGCUCAGGAUUGUUUUCUGACGUUGAGGAUCAAGAAGCCAAAGGCAUCAUAGAUGAUCAUCUAAAGGAUUUCAUGGGGAAGAAUUUGGAUCCCAAGAAGGACUAUGAGUCCAAGAUACCAGAGAACAGUGAGUUUCCAUUUGUCUCGUUAAAGGAGCCACGGGUUCAAAAUAAACUCAAAAGGUUGGACACAUUGGAGUUCAAACAGCUCAUUCAUAUUGAGCACCAGCCUAAUGGAGGUGCAUCAGUUAUCCAUGCCUACAGUAAUGAACUCUCCCACUUGUCUCCUGUGGAGAUGGAGAGGUUUGCAGAAGAGUUUGUGGGUCUGAUUUUUAGUGAAAAUGAAAACUGUGCAGCUUUCUAUGUAAUGGGUAUUGUUCAUGGGGCAGCUACUUAUUUACCUGACUUUUUAGACUACUUUUCAUUUAAUUUUCCCAAUUCGCCAGUGAAAAUGGAGAUAUUGGGAAAGAAAGAUAUAGAGACAACGACUAUGUCCAAUUUUCAUGCUCAGGUAAAAAGAACGUAUUCCCAUGGUACAUAUAGAGCUGGCCCAAUGCGACAGAUCAGUUUGGUGGGAGCAGUGGAUGAGGAAGUGGGAGAUUACUUUCCAGAGUUCCUGGACAUGUUGGAAGAUUCACCUUUUUUAAAAUGUACACUGCCCUGGGGGACGCUAUCUAGUCUAAAAUUAGAAAGCCGAAAAGAUAGUGAUGAUGGUCCCAUCAUGUGGGUUCGUCCAGGAGAACAGAUGAUCCCUGUGGCUGACAUGCCAAAGUCGCCUUUUAAAAGGAAAAGAACUACCAAUGAAAUAAAAAACCUGCAGUACCUACCUCGAACUAGUGAGCCCCGUGAAAUGCUCUUUGAAGACAGGACACGAGCCCAUGCAGAUCACAUAGGACAAGGUUUUGAGCGACAGACAACAGCUGCUGUUGGAGUGCUGAAGGCUGUGCACUGUGGAGAGUGGCCUGAUCAGCCCCGAAUAACCAAAGAUGUAAUUUGCUUUCAUGCGGAAGAUUUCUUGGAGGUAGUUCAACGAAUGCAGUUAGACUUACAUGAACCUCCGCUGUCACAGUGUGUCCAGUGGGUGGACGAUGCCAAACUGAACCAACUGCGAAGGGAAGGCAUUCGCUAUGCCAGGAUCCAGUUAUAUGAUAAUGACAUUUACUUUAUUCCGAGGAAUGUUGUGCACCAGUUCAAGACAGUUUCAGCUGUGUGCAGUUUAGCUUGGCAUAUUCGGCUCAAGCUGUAUCACUCCGAGGGGGACACCUCCCAAAACGCAGCUACCCGUGAAGCAAGCACAUCGCCAGACCCCACGUCUUCUGUCCUCGGACUUCAUUCUGACCACACAAUUUGUACUCUAAGCGAAACCGCCUCCGAUUCCCAUUUUUCAGACACGCUGCAUACUGAGUAUGAGUUCCAGCCGAUAAAACACGAACCCAUUGCAUCGCUAAAAAUUAAGGAGGAACCCAUGAAUGUCAAUAUUCUGGAAAAGACCGUAACCCCUAAUAACACGGACUACCAGAAGGGGAGAGGAAAAUCAGAUCACGUUGAAUUCACAGAGUUUAAGUUUGGAGGGGACUUGAAAUUUGAAACCGGCAACAAGGACUUACAGGAAAAAUUGGGUCCGGGAAGACACAUAAGUCUCGAUGAUACAAGGCAACACAGUUCAUCCCAUCCAAGUCUGGAUAGAAAAGGAGAUGAUGACAUUUUGUGCUAAAUUUGUAUAUAUGAUUUUAAAUUCCUUUUUUAAGCCUAUUGACGUAAUAAUGUCAAAAUUCGUAUAAAGUCUGUGAGGCAAGGCUGUGACUUUGCGCUCAAGUCUGUUACAGAAAGAAUAGUUUAUGUAGCUUUGUAACAUUCCUCAGUGCCUGUCCAUAACUGUGAAGUAUCAAAGCACUUAGGGCCAGAUGCACUGUAAACAUUGCAGGUUUAACAGAACGAAGUCUUUAAAUCAUUUGAGUUGUAGCUUUUAGAAUAGAGCUGACAUUAACAUAUAUAUUUUUUGUAAGAUGAGCCAGAAUUCUUUUUGACAAUUCAAGGCUUUUCCAUAGAGCUUAUUUAUACCAAGUUUUUCAUUUUAAAUGUGUCAGCACUGUAGUGUAAAUAGCUUUUUUAAAAUCUUUUUAGUGUGAUUUAUACUGAAAUGUGGACCACUUAAUAAAGGUUCAUAAUAACAAAUUUGUUUUAUUGUUGGGUUUGCAAAAAGGAAACACUGACAGUUCACUUAAGUUGUCCCCUUGAUCUAGUACAUUUCUCAUUUGUUGGCGAACUCAUUUAGAAGGGAUAUUGGAAUACCAAUAUACUCAUUUGAAUUUAGCGGAUAUUUAAAUUCCCUACACUGCAAAAGUGUUUUCUUUCAAGAUUUAAUUGAGAAUACACACAC